UUCUGCUGCUGUUGUUGCGGGUCCUUGGGAGUCUAGUGGUGCUUGAAUGAAACGACUGUCGCACGUAUCUUUUCUCACUCGCGUCGUUCAGUUUCUAAAGCGCCGGCGCUGCUACAGCAAAGCGGUUGAGGAACCCGGAAAGGCCGGGCUGUCUCAGAUUGCACCAGAGAGCUUAGCAAGAAGGCAUCCAGCCAUGAGCCGCACGUGUGGGAUCUAAAAGCCUGUUCUGUUUGCCACCGGCCCCCAUUGAAAGAGCAUGCUCUGCGCUCAGCCCGGCUUUUUCCAGAAUCUGUAUCAGAACAGGUUAUUAGGCCUGGCUGCUAUGGCAUCCCCAUCCAGGAACUCUCAGAACCGGCGUCGAUGUAAAGAAUCUCUGAGGUACAGCUAUAACCCAGACCAUUUCCACAACAUGGACAUUGGAAGUGGGCUCCAUGGGACGGUCACCAUUCCCCGCUCGACCAGUGACACAGAUUUAGUCACUUCAGACAGCCGGUCUACACUCAUGGUCAGCAGUUCCUAUUAUUCCAUAGGACAUUCACAGGAUCUAGUGAUUUAUUGGGAUAUAAAGGAAGAAGUAGAUGCAGGUGACUGGAUUGGCAUGUAUCUCAUUGACGAGGUUCUAUCAGAAAACUUCUUGGACUACAAAAAUCGUGGAGUAAAUGGCUCUCACCAAGGCCAGAUUAUCUGGAAAAUUGAUGCUAGCUCUUGCUUUGCAGAAUCUGAAACAAAGAUCUGCUUCAAAUAUUACCAUGGAGUGAGUGGGGCACUGCGUGCAACAACUCCCAGUGUGACCGUGAAGAAUAAUACAAUUCCUAUUUUUAAAAACAUUACUAGUGAAGAUUCAGGCCAGGGGCAUGGAAGCAGAAGGCUGAUCAGUUUCUCCCUUUCAGAUUUCCAAGCUUUUGGUUUGAAGAAAGGCAUGUUCUUCAAUCCGGAUCCUUACCUUAAAAUUUCAAUCCAGCCUGGAAAGCAUAGCAUCUUCCCAGCUCUUCCACACCAUGGACAGGAAAAAAGAUCCAAGAUUAUGUGUAACACUGUCAAUCCCAUCUGGCAAGCAGAGCUGUUCAGCUUUGUUUCUCUGCCCACUGAUGUCCUAGAAAUAGAGGUGAAGGACAAGUUUGCAAAAAGUCGACCUAUCAUUAAGCGUUUUCUGGGAAAGCUUUCCAUGCCAGUACAACGAUUACUAGAAAGACAUGCCAUAGGAGACAGGGUUGUUAGCUACACACUGGGACGAAGGCUACCAACAGAACAUGUCAGUGGCCAGCUACAGUUUAGAUUUGAGAUAACUUCUUCAAUCCAUCCAGAUGAUGAAGAGGUCUCUACUGCUGUAGACAAUGAAUCAAUUGAACUUCAGGAAAGCACCAUUAAUACCUCAGCAUGCAACAGUAUAGAGACCUCAGAAAGCGCAGCUUCAGAAAAGCUACAUGAAUGUUCACUAAUAUGCAUCAGUGUGGGCAACUCUGGAGCUGAAGAACCUCCCUUGAACUGCUCCUUCAAAGAAGAGCUAACAGGAUAUAGAGUGAAUGAUGUUGUACCAGCAAACACAAUUAAUCUCUCGGAAUCUAUCCCAGUGGAAAUAAUGCCUUCCCCAAGUGUUGUGGAUUUCAGUGAACAACUACCUUUGCUGGCAUGCACUCCUCCAGAGUCUGAAGUUAGAGAAAACAACAAAGUUAAUUCUGUUACUCAGGCAGAUAGUGACAUCUUUAUCAGCAUAGAAGCCUUAUCUAUCGAUGAGGUGAGUGGAGAUAUUCAAGUUACCAAGGAUUUAGAGAAGAAUCAGGAUGAUGAAGGGGCUUCAGCCCAAGAGGACCAAGAUGAGAAUGAUGAUGAAAAGGAGAGCAAGCUACAACUAAGGACCACGGUGAAAAGGAAAAGCAGGCCUUGUUCCUUGCCUGUGUCAGAACUUGAAACAGUGAUUGCAUCUGCUUGUGGGGAGCCUGAGACUCCUCGUACACACUACAUAAGAAUACACAAUCUCUUGCACAGUUUGCCUUCUGCCCAAUUGAGUAGUGAUGAUGGAGAAGGGGAGGAGGAACAAGGCAGUAUAAUAGAGAAUGACGAGGAACUGACAGUGAGGGAAGUAUCUGAGAAAGAUUUAGUUAGUGAGACUGAAACAGUGUUGGCUGAACCUCCUCAGGAAAACUUAGUAGAAGAGAACUUUGUCCGGGGAACUGUUCCGCGCAGCACCUCCAUUGAACACCUUGCUGAUUUAAAUGAACAAACAUUGGAUAAUGAAGGGCCAAGAACUGAAAGUGACAGUGAACUGAGUCCUAGACCAAAUGGUGACCCUGAAUAUGAAGUGUGUGACACAUCCUGUUAUAGCACUUCUUGCUAUAGCACUUCCUGCUAUAGUACCUCCUGUUACAGCACUUCCUGUUACAGCACUUCUGGCCAUGAGAGUGCCAACCGAUUCUCAAGCCAUACUAGGUUCUCUUCUGUUGAUAGUGCAAAGAUUUCUGAGAGCACAGUUUUUUCUUCGCAGGAUGAUGAAGAGGAGGAAAAUAGUGCUUUUGAAUCAGUGCCAGACUCGGGUCAAAGCCCUGAGUUGGACAGGGAACAGCUGGAUAGCUCUGCCCAUUGGUCUGAGGAAUUGGUAGUUCCCGGAAUGAAUCUACAGGGGACUGCAGAAAAUAUAGAGCCUCCAAUAGCAGGUCCAAGCAUCAGAAGAGAAGGUGAUUGCCCUUUGCUUCAUAAUUCUCAGCCAAUCAACCAGCUUCCUUCAUUGAGACCUGAUCACCAUCAGUACCCAACUGUUGAUGAGCCUCUCCCACCAAGUGUCAGGGAUCAGAAUGGGAAGAAAAUAGGGCGUGUGGAGGCCAAAAAUGGAGCUCACGGAAGCAGCAAUAGGUUAUGGCAAUCUCUGCAGCAUGAAACAGCUGAUGGCCGGGAGGCCGAUCCAACCGACUAUCAGCUGCUUAGUGCCUAUCGAGUUUUCACCAAUAGCACCUGCUUGAAACACAUGAUUCUAAAAAUCCGCAGAGAUGCUCGGAAUUUUGAGCGGUAUCAGCAUAACAGAGAUCUAGUAAAUUUCAUCAACAUGUUCGCUGAUACACGGUUGGAACUCCCACGAGGAUGGGAAAUCAAAACUGAUCAACAAGGCAAGUCUUUCUUUGUUGACCACAACAGUCGUGCUACCACUUUCAUUGACCCCAGAAUUCCACUUCAGAAUGGCCGUCUACCCAAUCAUUUGACCCACAGGCAGCAUCUUCAGAGACUCCGUAGUUACAGCGCUGGAGAGGCAUCAGAAGUCUCUCGAAACAGAGGGGUUUCUUUGUUGACCAGACCAGCCAACAGCUUAGUAGCAGCAAUUCGAAAUCAGCACCAUCAUGAAUCCUUGCCUCUUGCAUACAAUGACAAAAUCGUCGCAUUUCUACGCCAACCUAAUAUUUUCGAAAUGCUGCAGGAGCGUCAGCCAAGUUUGGCUAGGAACCAUGCACUCAGGGAGAAGAUUCAUUAUAUUCGAACAGAAGGUACACAAGGACUUGAAAAAUUGUCUUGUGAUGCAGAUUUAGUAAUACUUCUGAGUCUUUUUGAAGAAGACAUUAUGUCCUACAUUCCUCUUCAAUCAGCCUUCCAUCCUGGCUACAGCUUUUCUCCCCGUUGUUCACCCUGUUCAUCACCUCAGAAUUCUCCAGGCUUGCAGCGGGCCAGUGCAAGAGCACCUUCUCCUUACAGGAGAGACUUUGAAGCCAAGCUUCGCAACUUUUAUCGAAAGCUAGAAGCAAAAGGAUAUGGGCAGGGCCCGGGUAAAAUUAAAUUAAUAAUAAGGCGUGACCACUUGCUGGAAGGCACUUUUAAUCAGGUGAUGGCUUACUCACGGAAGGAGCUCCAAAGAAAUAAACUCUAUGUUACAUUUGUUGGGGAAGAAGGCUUGGAUUACAGUGGCCCAUCCCGGGAAUUCUUCUUCCUUCUUUCUCAGGAGCUUUUCAAUCCUUAUUAUGGCCUGUUUGAGUAUUCAGCCAAUGAUACUUACACUGUACAGAUCAGCCCUAUGUCAGCAUUUGUAGAAAAUCACCUGGAAUGGUUCCGAUUUAGUGGUCGUAUCCUUGGUCUUGCUCUUAUUCAUCAGUACCUACUUGAUGCUUUCUUCACAAGGCCAUUCUACAAAGCAUUGUUAAGGCUUCCAUGUGACCUUAGUGAUAUGGAAUAUCUGGAUGAGGAAUUCCACCAAAGUUUACAAUGGAUGAAAGACAACAUCAUUACUGAUAUUCUGGAUCUCACUUUCACAGUGAAUGAGGAAGUGUUUGGACAGGUAACAGAAAGAGAGUUGAAAUCUGGAGGUGCAAAUAUACAAGUAACUGAAAAGAACAAGAAGGAGUAUAUUGAAAGAAUGGUUAAAUGGCGAGUAGAAAGAGGGGUUGUUCAACAAACCGAGGCACUAGUUCGUGGCUUCUACGAAGUCGUAGACUCAAGACUUGUUUCAGUUUUUGAUGCUAGAGAACUAGAAUUGGUGAUCGCUGGCACAGCUGAAAUCGACCUUAAUGAUUGGCGCAAUAACACAGAAUAUCGGGGUGGUUACCAUGAUGGCCAUAUAGUAAUACGAUGGUUCUGGGCUGCAGUAGAAAGGUUCAACAAUGAGCAAAGACUACGGUUGCUGCAAUUUGUUACUGGUACAUCUAGUGUCCCUUAUGAAGGCUUUGCAGCCCUUCGAGGGAGCAAUGGAUUACGACGUUUCUGUAUAGAGAAAUGGGGUAAAAUAACAUCACUUCCAAGGGCCCAUACUUGUUUCAAUCGCCUGGAUCUUCCACCCUACCCAUCAUAUUCAAUGUUGUGUGAAAAGUUAUUGACAGCCGUUGAAGAAACUAGUACCUUUGGACUUGAAUGAUAAAGGGGGUUCAAUUGUUUCCUUGUCAAUGACAUCAUUUCCUCCUGCUGCCAUAUGAAUUUGAUUUUCAGUAUUUUGUUUCUGAUGGAAAAGACAGAAUAAAAGCUGUGCAUGAAGAACAGCUUUCCUUUAAGAACUAACUUUCAUGCUUUUCAUCUUUAAUUCCCAAUGGACAAUUACCCUGUAUGCAAUAUGAAAACAAGUUCUCCAUAUAUCUACACAUACCUCCAUUAGUAAUAAUGAAAAUAUGAAUGCAAGUUAUUCUACAUUUGACCAAAUGUUAAUGUUUACUUCUAUCUAUGUUAAUUUAAAAAGAACAUUCAUCAAGCAUUCCAAGCUAUAUGUUCAUACUUUCCAUCUUAAUUGUAUUAUGUCAUCACCUUUGAAGUUGGUCAACAAUCUCAUUUAUUUAUCCUUGAUUUUUGUACAUAUCAUACAAAGGUGAAAAACACUUAUGAGCAAAAUUGAAUUUUUUAAUGUGAACUCAUAAUUCAUAUGAGUAGAUCAGUUGGAAUUGGGCCAGAUAAUGUGGUGCAGAUAAGUUAUUCAAAGCAACAAAACUAAACUGCAGUGCAAUCAGAAUAUGUAAUGAUUAUUAAUAACUGCUAAAUUAAAUUAAAUUAAAACAUAUAUCUAUUGAGGUAUAAUUAAGAGCUAAUGCUUAUUGAAAUAAACAUAUUUGGGGGACUCAAGAAGGAUGUCUUAUGUAAUAUAAGAGGCAGCACCACUUUAAUUAUUGUACAUAACAAAAAAUAACAAGACUAAUUAUUUUCUUUUUCUCCUCUCAUUCGGCUUAUCAAUACUUGGUUUUUGAUGUUCCACUUCCUAACAGAAAAGUAAUAUAGACAAUCCUGCACUAUGUAUUGGGAGCCAUUAUUGAAACUAUAAUGAGUGGCUUUGUUCCAUUUCUCUUUGACAUCAAAUGUCACAAAAUUACAGUAUUUUUCAGAGUAUAAGAUGCUCUGACGUAUUAGAUGCACCUAGCUUUU